AUGGAAAAUGAGCCCAAAAAAGGUAAGCAAAAGAUUGAGAUGCAGUUAAUUAAGUAUGAGAGAGCACGCGUUAUAAGUUUUUCCAAAAGGAAAAAAACCUUGUUUCAAGAUGCAGAAAAGCUUGCAACUCGGAGCGGAGAUGAAGUUGGUGCUAUGCUCUUUUCACCAAUUGGAAAACCAUUUUCUUAUGGUUCCACAACACGUGAUCAUGUUGAGGGAAAAUCUGUUGGAUUUGAGGCAUUUGAAGAUCUUCGCAAAGAAUUGCAAGAACUUAACGAGAAAGAAAGAAGACGAAUAUUAAUGUAUAAGAUUAUGCACCCUGGCUCAGAAAUACCUUCGGAUAAACACAUGGAGGAGAAGAAGGUGGCAAUGUUGUUGCAGGUAAAGGAAAUUUUAAAUGAAACAAAAAGUGCUAUUUUGGGCAAGCAUUUCAAGUUUGAUUUAAAUGUUGUCCCUGAGCCAGAAGAAGACGAGAGUUCUUGA